AUGGCGGACUUCAAAUUUAAUUUUGGAUCCGCAGAUAUUGACGAAAAUGCGACUGUUUCUGCGUCUGGAGACGGUGAGGACGUUUCACCAGAACUCAAAACUACUUAUGAAGCAAAAGAAAUUCAAAUAGCGUCCAGUACUCCAGCGUAUUCGGAUUCUGCAAUGGACGAAAUUUGCCUUAGAGGUGGUACCUUUAGCCUUAAACACUUGAGCGAGACAUGUGUGGAUGAAAAUCUAACGAAUAGUGCAGUUAUAAAAACGGCGACUGAAAGGAGCUCGGACCUGAUUCCUUCGGUUUACGAAGGAGGGCUUAAAAUUUGGGAAUGUAGUGUUGAUUUGGUGGAGUAUUUGUUGGAAAGCGGAAUCAGUUUUCAAGGAAAGCGAGUAUUGGAAGUUGGAUGUGGAGCAGGGCUACCGGGAAUAUAUGCUCUUCUGCAAGGAGCUCAAGUUCAUUUUCAAGACUACAACGACGAUGUUAUUGAGCAUGUGACGAUUCCUAAUGUAUUGCUGAAUCUUCAGCAGCGACUGAAAAGUGAACGCUGUGAAUUGAAAGCAACAGCAACUAAUUUCGACCUCCUCGAAACAGCGCGUCGAAGUUGCCGUUUUUAUUCAGGUGACUGGGGAAAUUUGUUAGGUUUCAUUAACCCACAACUAGCCUCGGAGAUGCUAUAUGAUGUUAUCCUAACUGCUGAGACAAUUUACGCUGUGGAAUCACAUGACAAGUUGUACCAGUUCAUUAAGAGACACCUAAAGAAACCUGACGGCCUUGCCUAUGUAGCAGCCAAAACAUAUUAUUUUGGUGUCGGUGGAGGGACAAGGAGUUUUGAGAAGUUAGUUUUAAUGGACGGUGUGUUUGACGUGUCAGUUUGUAAGGUGUGCAGUACGGGUGUACAACGAGAAAUUUUGUGUUUGAAAUACCGAUAGGUGUUUGCUACAUACUUUAGGCAAAAAAGAGACUCAGAGAAAUAAAAGUACGUUGAUCCCCUCGAAAACGUUUGAAAGAAGCUGUGUACCAAUGCCUGUGUUGUAAAUAAUCAUAAAAAGAGCAUUUUUCCCUCCGAAAAGGCACGAAGUGUGCGACUUCUGCUUUCUUGAUCUUAGUUCUUGCGUGACGCCAAUUGAAGAGAAUCGACCUUAAGGGAACCUAUUGAACACAAUUAUGGGAAUUCAGUUGCCUCACGAGAGGGUGCUAAAAAAAGGGAAAGGACACGUAGAUGCUGCAGCCAAAUCUUUGGGAAAAAUCUGGUGCUGUUUCAGUUUAUCACACCCAAAAACUAUGGCUUCCAGCAUCUGUUUUCAUAUGUUUCGCUAUGAUGAAGGGCUGACGCUCGAAACGUUAGCUUUAAAACUCUUUACGGUGGCCAAUUUACGUUAUUCAACUCAGCUGAUAAUACCAAAUUACCUUGUUAUACCCUCCCACCAACACAGCACCACAGUUUUUUUCAGAAACUUCCCCCCUUUUAUUCUCCUGUUUUCACAUUCGUUCAGUUAUUAGAAUUAUUUAACAGGACCUACUGUA